AUGCCCAUGCACCUGGUGUCUGGCCACUUGUUCCGCAUCAGACCAGUAAAGGUGGACUGGGCAUCCUACAUACAGUCGUCGGGGGAGGUGCGCGGCGGCGGCGGCGGCGGGGAGAAGCUGGAGCUGCGCAUGAGCAGCAUCAGGGCCGAGGUGCUGGAGCUGCUGCUGGAGUUCGUCUACACCGGCUCCCUCGUCAUCGACGCCGCCAACGCCAAGACCCUGCUGGAGGCCGCCAACCGCUUCCAGUUCAACACCUUCUGCAAGGUCUGCGUCUCCUUCCUGGGUGUGGCCGAGGUGAUUGUGUUGGUGGGGGGUCGGCAGGCCAUCGGGAUGAGUCAGCGUCCGCUGACGGCCGUCACCUGCUUCAACCCCCAGAACAGGAAGUGGUACCCUCUGGCCAGCCUGCCCUUCUACGAGCGCGAGUUCUUCAGCGUCAUCUCGGCCGGGGACAACAUCUACCUGUCAGGCGGUACAGAGUCUGGUGUGAUGGUGUCUGAUGUCUGGUGCUACAUGUCUCUUCUGGACAACUGGAACCUGGUGUCGCGUAUGACAUCGCCGCGCUGUCGCCAUAGCAGCCUGGUGUAUGACGGCAAACUGUACGCCAUCGGGGGACUCGGCGUGACCGGAAACCUGGAUCAUGUGGAGAGUUAA